AUGGCACUGGCGCAGCAGCUCUCGCGCGCUCUCCACCCGCGCUCCGUCCCCUCCCCGUCCGCCGCAGCCACCGCACUCCUCACCGCGGCGUCGCCUCCCCCGGCGCGCCAUUUCCUCCAGCUCCACGCGCACCUGCUCCGCACCGGGGUUCUCCUCCUCGACCACACCGCAGCCUCCGCCUUCCUUUCCCUCGCAGCAGCCUCCCUCCCCUCCCUUCGCGCGCUCGCCGUCCUCCACCACCAUCUCACCCCGGCGUCCGUCCCUUCCACCUUCUGCUGCAACUCCAUCCUCCGCUCCCUCCCAGAAUCCGCCGCCCUCAGCUUCCUCCGCCGCAUGCGCGCCCUCGGCCGCCGCGGGAACGCCUUCUCCCUAGCUAUCCUCCUCAAACCCUCCUGCACCCUACCUCACGCGCGCCAGCUGCACGCCAACGCGGUGGCCGAGGGGCACCUCGGGGACGCCCUUCUGGCCACCUCCCUCAUGCGGUCCUACGCUACCUGCGGUGCCGGGGAGAGCGCGCGUAAGGUGUUUGAUGAAAUGCUGAUAAAGGACACGGUCGCAUGGAACGUUCUCAUUACCUGCUACGCGAGGAACAAGAGGACAAAAGAUACACUAAAGCUAUUUGACGAGAUGAGGAGAAGCGAGAGUGAGGCGGAGCCAGAUGAGGUCACCUGCAUCCUGCUCCUCCAGGCAUGCACGAGCCUGGGCGCACUCGAUUUCGGGGAGCAGGUCUGGGAGUACGCGACGGAGCGUGGUUACGGGGGCGAGCUGAAGGUGCGCAACUCGCUGAUCACCAUGUACACGAGGUGCGGGUGCGUGGAGAAGGCGUACGAGGUCUUCCGCGGAACUCCUCGGAAAACUGUGGUCACAUGGAGCGCUAUGAUCUCAGGACUGGCAGCAAAUGGCUUCGGGAGAGAGGCUAUAUCCGCGUUUGAGGAGAUGAGUAAAUCAGGUGUCGCUCCGGACGCGCAGACUUUUACUGGCGUGCUCUCUGCGUGUAGCCAUAGUGGGUUGGUUGAUGAGGGUUUCAGAUUUUUUGACAUGAUGCGCUAUGAGUAUCAGAUAAUGCCAAAUGUUCGCCACUAUGGGUGUAUCGUUGACCUAAUGGGCCGUGCUGGCUUGCUUGAUGAGGCAUACACGCUUGUGGUGGAAGAGAUGAGGGUUGCGCCAGAUGCAACGAUUUGGCGAACUCUUCUUGGUGCAUGCCGAAUUCAUGGUCAUGUUGAUCUUGGAGAGAAAGUCAUCAGUCAUCUUAUUGAACUGAAAGCACAGCAAGCUGGGGAUCAUGUUCUACUGCUGAAUACCUAUGCAACCGUUGGGGAUUGGACAAAGGUAGCAGAUGUCAGGAAGUUGAUGAAGGAGAAUGGGAUCCAAACUACUCCUGGCUGCACAACAGUAGAGCUUAAUGGCGAGCUCCAUGAGUUUGUUGCAGAUGAUGAUUCACAUCCAAGAAAAGCAGAGAUUUACAGCAAGCUCGAUGAGAUAAACACACAUUUAAGAAUAGCUGGUUAUGUUCCAAAUGUGUCAUCUGAGCUGCAUGAUUUGGAUUCAGAGGGGAAGGGAUGUGCCCUCACCUAUCACAGUGAAAAGCUGGCAAUUGCUUUUGCUCUUCUUGUGAUGCCACACCGUAGACCAAUAAGACUGGCAAAGAACCUUCGUGUUUGUGUAGACUGCCACAAUUUCACCAAGGUAGUUUCUAGUGUUUAUAAUCGACUAGUGAUUGUAAGAGACAGAACUCGAUUCCAUCAUUUCCAGGGAGGGAAGUGUUCAUGCAAUGAUUAUUGGUAGACUAUUAUUGCUUCUCUGUUGCAUUUGGAUGUCAGCAACCUCUAAAACUGAAACUGACAAUCUUGAUACCGAAUACACUUGAUGACAUACAGUGUGAUGCCAAAAAGUUUUCAGAUGUGAUUUGACAAUUCACAGGCAUUCUGCUAUCAAGGGCAUACAGACCUGAUUCCAGUGGGGAAAAAAUGACUAUGUGAGAUAAGUUCAUCUAUGUUGAAUGCAGCCACAUCUGGUCAUCUGUAUGCAGGGUCUUCAGUAAUCAUAUCCUCCAUGCCAGCAGUUCAAGGACCAUUGAUAUUAUAUGUAUCUGAACGGUAUAUUGGUGAAAUGCAAGGUGCACAAUUACAGCCAUCUAAAAAUUUUGGGGCAUGGUUUACUGAUCCCUCAUAAUUUCAACAACACGAGAACCACAAGUAUGCUCCUGCAUUUUCCUCGAGGGCAAACUGGAACCUGAAUAUUUUGCUUUCAUUGGGAAAUCAUCCAAGAGCUAGCACCACCGAUGGUUGGCUAGCCAGCCUGGGUUCAAAACCCAUAAUUGUGUUUCUAUUAC